UGCAAGCGCUGAAGCCUAGUAUAAAUUUUAGCUUAUCGACGUUGCGCCUGUUAUUUUAGAACAUCAACUCAAACAGCACAUUACCGGUGGAGGCCACAUUUUGUUUGUUGGUUGCCAGCAUUUCAAGUUUUCUAAUUUAUUUGUGUUAUUAAAUAUGAAGAAAUACUUCCUUUCGUUAUUCAUCCUCGGAUGGAUGUUAACCGACGUGUACGGUAAUCCUUGUGAAGGAAGAGACAGUGGUUUUGUGGCCCAUGCAGAUUGCACUCGAUAUUAUUCGUGUGUAAAUGGCGUUGCCCAUGAAUUGCAAUGUCCAGCAGUUUUCCCCAUAUUCAGACCAGAUACAGAAAUGUGUGACGAAGGAAACCCAGAUGAGUGUGUUGUAUGUCCAGUAACAGGACUUCAUAGAUUCCCAGUUCCCAAUUCCUGCACUAAAUUCAUACUGUGUGUAAACGGUGUUCAAAGCCAGCAUGAGUGUCGAAACGGACUUGUUUUCGACACAGCACUACAAGAAUGCAAUCUUGCUGCCAAUGCUCCUCCAUGCGCACACGUAACAUGUCCUGCCAAUGAUGAUCCAGCCAACCCAACAUUUAUUCGUCAUCCUACGAACUGCCAAAUAUACUUUAUUUGUGUAGGAGGUGUACCAAAGGAGCAGACAUGUCCAGCUGAUACGGCAUUCAAUCCUGACACUAAAGUCUGCGAUCUACAGAGCCAAGUACAGUGUCCAACAACACUGGAGCCUUACCGUUCCCUAUUAUCCAAAAGUUUAUCGAAAGCAGACCAACGGUGCAGUGGAAAUACAGGAAUCCUUAAUCAACCUGAUCCGGAUGAUUGUUCACGUUAUUACAUGUGUAUGAACACUAAUUCAUUCUCGCUAUCAUGCAGCACUGGAAUGAUUUUCGAUUCCAAAACUAACAAAUGUGGCCCCAAGGAGUCUUCAGUUUGUAUCAAAGAUGUAGUCACAUCACCGUGCACGGGGAAUGUAGGUUUGAAAUACGAGCGACACGAACGAGAAUGCUCCAUGUAUUACAUGUGUAUGGGAGAGAAACUUUUCGAGUUGACUUGCGCAUCCGGUACACUUUUUGACACAACAACAGGAAAAUGUGAGUCAGCUUCAAGAGUUACCUGUUCUUUUGAGACGUCUCCUGUUCCAUCUGUUGUAAAUAUAUGUGCCGGAAAUGUUGGUACCAGUAGAGUUCCCGAUCCAACUGAUUGUAGUGCUUAUUACAUAUGUGUUAACGAACAAGAGUUCCGACAAGUUUGUGCCAACUCUUUAAUUUUUGAUGUUUUGACCAACGGUUGCAAUCGACCCGAAGAUUCGGUUUGCAUUAUUGACGUGGUUACCCCUCCAGUAGCGGGACAAACUACAACUACUGCACCUACGAUUACUCCUCCUUCCACGGAUACACCAAUCGAAGAUGAUCAAACAACUUCGAGUCCUGUAAUAACUAUACCAACGGCACCCACAGCUACUCCAACAGGCAUUCCUAGUGUACCAACCGCUCCUACAGUACCUACCAUCCCUACAGUACCUACAGUCCCUACUGUACCGACCGUCCCUACAGUACCGACCGUCCCUACAGUACCGACCGUCGGACCUCCAAUAACCUCUACAACUAUCCAACCAACUGUUCCUGUAGCACCCACACCUGCUCCAACGGUGCCUACCGCACCAACUCCAGCUCCAACCGUUCCCACACCAGCACCAACUCCAGCACCAACCCCAGCACCAACGGCUGCCCCAGCUACUACCGCUCCUCCUGUAACAGCAUCGCCAGUCGAUCCAUCAGCCCCGCACUGCCCACCAGGGCAAGUAUUCUAUCACCCACAUCCGAACUGCUCGAUGUUCUACCGCUGUGUGUACGGAACGUUGUUUGUGAAAACUUGUCCCCCCAACCAGUUCUGGAACCAGGCUCGCGAGUACUGCGAUCAUUUGUUCAACGUGAACUGUCCUGCACUGGGAUGAGAUCAAGCGGGCAAGCUACCUUAGCCAAUGCACCAGUUGUCACAUCCAUACCACUACUGUCCACCUUGAAUGCUUCCUUGCAAGCCAGGUUACGCCGAUUGGCACUAUGACUACCACUUAUCCCUAUUUAUAUGUGCAUCCUCUCAGCAAUAUUUGUUAUGUUGUUUUAGUUACAAAUAAAAUAGUUGAUGUUCUGGA